AUGGCACCAGAAACCCUGCUAGGCCUUAAGGCAGCCCUGGCUAUGAACUUGAAAAAGGUGCAGUUCCAGAACAUACUGAAAGUGAGCAGCAGAGUGACUGAAAAACCAAAUGAAGAUAGAAGCUGGAAUCAAGAAAGGAUUCAGAGGGAAUUCAGAGAUCUGCUUGAGGGAAAUGGACAGCUAGAUGGAGCAUGCAAAAUGCAGAUUGGCACACGUGUGAGGCCACUUAAGUUACCUAAGAUGAAG